GGGUCACGGGUGUUCGGCUUGUGAAUAUUACUGGCGUGGCUGACAUGGACACCUUGCGUUUUGACGGGCGCGUUGUGCUGGUGACUGGAGCAGGGGGAGGAUUGGGAAGAACAUAUGCUCUGGCAUUUGCAGAAAGGGGAGCCUCUGUUGUAGUUAAUGAUUUAGGAGGUGACAUCAAAGGAGAUGGAAAAAGUACAUCAGCGGCUGACAAAGUAGUAGAAGAAAUAAAAGCAAAAGGAGGAAAAGCUGUAGCCAACUAUGAUUCCGUGGAAGCCGGAGAGAAACUUGUGCAGACUGCAUUAGAUGCAUUUGGGAGAAUAGAUAUUGUGAUAAAUAAUGCUGGAAUCUUAAGAGACCGAUCUUUUGCAAGAAUAAGUGAUGCUGACUGGGAUAUUAUUCAUAAAGUUCACUUGAGGGGGUCAUUCCAGGUCACCAGAGCGGCAUGGAAUCAUAUGAAAAAUCAGAAGUUUGGAAGAAUAAUAAUGACAUCCUCUGCUGCUGGCAUUUAUGGGAACUUUGGACAAGCAAAUUACAGUGCAGCAAAACUUGGGCUUGUGGGCCUUUCCAAUACACUUGCCAUUGAAGGAAAGAAAUAUAAUGUUCUUUGUAAUGCUAUCGCUCCUACUGCUGGUUCCAGACUCACUCAGACUGUUAUGCCACAAGAUCUUGUGGACGCUCUGAAACCUGAAUAUGUGGCUCCUCUUGUUUUAUGGCUUUGUCAUGAAAGUUGUCAGGAGAACGGCAGCUUGUUUGAGGUUGGUGCCGGAUGGAUUGGAAAAUUGCGUUGGGAACGAUCUAUUGGCUCCAUUAUCAGACAACAGAAUCGGCCGAUGACACCUGAAGGUGUUCGUGAUGAGUGGACAAAGAUCUGUGACUUUGAUAAUGCCACUAAACCAGAAACCAUACAAGAAUCUACCAGCACACUGUAUGAAGCGCUGUCUGCUAUUGAUUCUGGAAAGGGGAUUUCCAUGAAUCCUACAAGCCAGAGAACAUCAUCUUCCAGUAUUGAUCCUUCUCAGGCCAUUGGACAAAAACUGCCACCAACUGUGUUCAGCUACAGCCACGUGCAACCAGUUCUUUAUGCCCUUGGCGUGGGAAUGUCCACCAAGGAUCCAGAUCAUCUGAAAUUCCUUUAUGAAGGAAGUGAAGAUUUUUGCUGUUUACCGACAUUUGGUGUUAUUCUUUCUCAAGCUUCCCUUAUGGGUGGAGGACUUUCCUCAGUUCCAGGCCUUAGUAUUGAUUUUACUCGGUUAUUACACGGCGAGCAAUAUCUAGAAAUGUACAAGCCUAUACCGACUUCAGGUGAGAUGACAUCAGAGGCUACAGUGGCGGAUGUUCUUGAUAAAGGCUCAGGGGCUGUGAUUUUAUUGGAUGUGCACACUUACUGCGGCAAAGAACUUAUCUGUUACAACCAGUUUUCCGUGUUUGUGGUUGGAGCUGGAGGAUUUGGUGGAAAAAGAUCAUCAACCAAGGCUAAGGAAACUGCAAGCCCGCCUAAUCGCCCCCCAGAUGUGGUAGCAAGUGAUGUAACAACAUGUGAUCAGGCUGCUCUAUACCGUCUCAGUGGUGACUGGAAUCCUUUGCAUAUCGAUCCCAGCUUUGCUGCACUUGGAGGGUUUGAAAGGCCAAUCUUGCACGGACUCUGCUCUUUUGGAUUUUCUGCCCGACAUGUUUUGAAGCACUUUGCAGAUAAUGAUGUGACAAAGUUUAAAGCAAUAAAGGUGCGAUUUGCAAAGCCAGUUCUCCCAGGACAAACGCUUCAAACUGAAAUGUGGAAAGAAGGCAACAGAAUUUUCCUUCAAACAAAGGUUAAAGAGACAGGAGAAAUUGCAAUUGCAGGUGCAUAUGUAGAUCUGGCAGCAACUGUUAGUAAUCAAGAAUCCAUUCAGGACUCUGGACUCCAGAGUGAACUUGUGUUUGAGGAAAUCAGUCGUCGUAUUAAAGAUGUAGGAGAACAAAUGGUUAAGAAAGUAAACGCAGUCUUUCAGUGGGAUAUCACUAAAGGUGGAAAUACAGCUGCACAAUGGACAAUAGACUUAAAGAAUGGAUCUGGAGAAGUGUAUCGUGGCAAAGUACGCGGCCGUGCCGAUACCUUUUUUACUCUUUCAGAUCAAGAUUUCAUGGACCUGGUUCUGGGAAAACUCAAUCCACAAAAGGCCUUUUUUGCUGGCAAGCUCAAAGUGAAAGGCAAUAUCAUGCUGAGCCAAAAACUGGAAGUGAUACUGAAAGACUACGCAAAACUGUGACAACACUGCUACUUCGUUAACUCCCAGAGCUAGAAAACAAGAUGCAGUCUUCUCAAAUGAACAUAUGGGGUUCAGCAAUGAAGUACCAAAAAAAAACAACUAAUAAUUCUAACAAUUUUACAGUCUUGAUUAUAACACAAUUCUUUCUUUAACUUGUCUUUAUAUAGAAUGGCUGGAAUAAUAUCUGUCAUAAGGAUGUUACGGUUAUGGAUGUAAAUAACGGUUCUAAUAAAAAUGAUUUAAGAAACUGA